CCAUUGGUUACCACCUGGUUGGAUCGGCCCUUACCCGCGACUUGCAGAAAGGACAGUCUGGGCAGAGAAGCAAGGGAAGAGAAGAAAUGACAGAGACGGAGACAGAGAAGCAAGGACAGAGAAGAAGAUGCCGACAGAAUAGAUACGGAGUGUAGAGGUACCUAGGUACCUACCUAAAGAUGCCGGUACCUCUGCUUACCUACAUACCCUACCAUGUAUACUAUUGGUCCCCACCCCUAGAGCCAUUACGUCAUACCCGACCAGACAUAAGCAGCCUUGGCGGGAGCCGUCUGCCAUAUUGGGGAAGAGCGAACGUGACCAGCAACCAAGUCGAGGAUACCGAGGAUAUCCAACAUGUCGAACAUAUCGAACGUGUCAGCCAAUAUCGCCCAUAUCGCCCAUAUCUCCCAUGUUACCUGUGCCGCCCAUGUCACUCCGUCCGCUAUUCGGCUACGGCGGUGGCGGGAGUGCUUACAUUUAAUCCCAGCCGCCUACUCCACGAUACAACACCUAGUCAACCAUUUUAUUACUAUUUUCUUACCAUGACCAGCAGUACCGCCGACGAUAAACGGCGCCGGCAAAACCGGGAGUCUCAGCGCCGAUAUAGGAAAAGACAAAGAAUGGAUCUCAAGAAUCCAGACAUCGACAUUCUGCAAAACUACCUCCUGAGGCCGCCAAUGAACCGUGACCAUGGCGUACCGUGCUCGACAACUCCUACGUUGUGGGCUGGCGACUCCCUCGAUAGCCGAGAUCAAGGCGCUGAUGUAUUCCCCGGCAAUCGUAUUGUCCGUGAUUUCCAAGAUGUCGAAGCUAGUGAAACUAGUAUCCUGUCCCAAAGCUGCGACAGUACGCAAACCCGUCAUUCUACAAGUCUUUCCUCUAUGUCGGCUGCAGACUUUCUGUCGAUACAGUCACAGACAUCUGACAACGGACACGCGAAUACGGACCCGGGCCCAGCGUCAUACAUGACUAAAGACCGGGACUCCCAGCAGUUCGACCUUGUACAAACGGCCUCAACCUCUAGACUUGGACAGACACCAAGUCCCGUUACUCUACCCUUUGUGCCUGAAGGGUACAAUCCACAAAUUGUUUGGAACACACCCCCGAACUCGGCACAUGGAACACUUUCUGGUGGGGAGAGACUAAUGAUGAAUGUAAGCUGUCACUUCCUAGGCAUUUCUCGUUAUUUGUUAAAUUGCAUACGAAUUUCCAGUAUAGCCAGGGCAUGAGAACCGACCCACCCGCCGUGCGUCCGUCCCCCAAGCCUCGGGCUCGAGGACGCCGAAAGUCAAUUCGAGAGCGGUCCAAAUGAUCACCGAAGUCGAAAACCUAUAUGAAUUCGGAGUUAAUAUAGGCAUACUUCCAGAGGCCAGAGACACAAAACGCAUGUUAAAUCGAAUGAAGUAUCGUUUCAUGUCUCUCUCGUUGUCCGCGUCGACAGAUGGCCCGGACUCCGCUUUAGCGAGAAGUACGGACGAGGACGAGGA